CUUGAAAGUCUUGAUCGAAAAAGCUAAGAAACCUACGAUAAUCAUACUAUAUAUCAAAACAUUUGCACCGAUACUUUAUCCGUUGUUUUCCACCGGACACUCCAUACUGAUUGAAUCAAGUAUUAGAUCAUUUUGCGCUGCUGAACUCAAGCUCCAAUGCAAGCUUCGUUAACUACCUACGAAAGGAUAUGGGAUAUGAUCGGAAAUUGUCAAAAUAAGAGGCAGAUUGGCUUGUUAGCUAAAUGACCCCUUUUUCAUGUUCUGAGUUGUCCAUCCCCGCCAUUUGCGCUGCAGACCAGUUAAGCAAAACCAGGGCCUCACAAACUGCUGUAUGUCAAAAUGAACUUCAACCAAAAGGAGCCUAGACCAAAAAUAGGGAACCAUAAAUAGAUCGAGGCAACAAACUUUCUGCCCUUCCAUUUCUCCAACUUGGAAGAGAGAAUCUAUGCUUGUUCCUGUUUGAGCUUUGGAAGGGAUUGCAAUUCCACUAAAUUGUGAUAGAUCAAACAGCAAUAGGUGAAGAGAAUUGCUGCAGACACAAUGAAGAUGUCAUAAAGAAGAUGAAAUUCGGUAGAUCAUGCUUCAUCACCCUCUUAAAUCUGCUUUGCAAGGCUAGAUCAAGGGACAAGGGGUGGAGGACAAACAUAUAAGUGGUGGAUUCCUCGCAGAGCACCGCGGGCGGGCAGCCGCCUGUGGAACCGGUUAAGAUGAAGGGCCUUCUCAAGGGCCUCCGAUACAUCUCACAAAUUUUCGAUCCGAGCGUGAAGGAGCCGGAGAUGCAGAUCGGGAACCCGACGGACGUGAAGCACGUCGCGCACAUCGGCUGGGACAACGCCUCCGUCACCGCGCCCAGCUGGAUGAACGAGUUCAAGCCAACGGCGGGGGGCACGGAAGGCGGCGAGGCGGAGGAGAACCAAGGAGGAGGCGGCGGCAGAGCGGACCAGGCGGAGCGGCCGCGGCGGGCGGGGCGGGGCAAAGAGCGGCGCGACGGAGGCAGCGAGGGGUCGCGGCGGCCGCCGAAGACGGAGGUGGGGGAGAACAACUGCGAGGGAGAAGCCGCCGCGGGGGCGGCGCCGAAGCAGCGGCGGAGGAAGGCGAGGGCGUCGGGGGGCACCUCGUCGGGGCGGUCCAAGUCGUCGUCGGUAGGCGGCGGCGGCGGCCCCUCCGCGGCGGCGAGGCCGGCCGCGGCGGGGGAUGACGACGGCGACAAGUGCUUCUGAGGCGACGCUGCAACGCGCGAUCGCUCUCUCGUUGCUGAUUUUUUUUUUUUUUUUGGCGUGGCAAGCACGAAACAUAUGGGGGGAGGAUUUCGAAUUUGUAUUUGAGGUUUUCGUCUAGACUCCGGGCUGCUUGCAGGAGAAGCCAUCAACUAGGAAGAAUUUAUAUGGGCCUUUCUCUUUUCUUUUCUGAUUUUUCUACAUCAUUUAUUCCUUUAUUUUGUACUUAUUUUUGUGGCGUUAGAGUUUGUAUAUGUAAUGUAGAGUUGGGCCGAGAAAACAAGUGACGGCCUGUCACGUUGUACUGUAUACUAAUGUUAUAAUGGGUCAAGUUGGGCCUCGGGCCGAUCAGUUCA